AAACUGCGCCCCCUUUUAAUCUGCUGCCGCUGGAAGCCCGAGACGAAUCCCAAACCUGGGAUCUCGGGGGCAUCGAAUUAUAUCCACCCGUCAAUGGUCCUUCUGACAGUCCAGCAGCGAGUCCAGAUUGCACCUCGACACUCGAACGCGGCCGUCCGUGUCGAGACGGGGUUGGUUGCAACCAAGGAGCAGCCCAGCCUGCGGAAGCCUGGAACUGUAAGCGACUGCCAGUAUCCCUUCAUAAUGUUUCUAUCAUCUAUCGUCUGGGAGUGUAAAUCUCCUCUGUCUCUUGCAGUCCGCGCCCGAGUGUAACGAUGCCAGCAUCGUUGCUGCGAUUGCCAACCCUCUUCUUCGGAGCUCACGGUGGGUUCCAGCCAGACCCGAGUUGGCCUUGGUUAAGGCACGCAACGUUCGGUUUGGCCCGUGCCAGUGGCUCACGACGCCCAUUUCACGGUGGCCUGUCCCUUGCAUGAUCCCUACCGCAGUCUCCACGCGCCCGUUAACUCUCCCAGCCAUCACUGCUGGAAACCUUGAUCCUGCUCGCGCUCCCAUCCCAGCGCCUGAUCUACAUUUAUGAUUCUGCAUGGCACCGAUCCGAUACACCAAGGUUUUCUUCCGAGGAUGAAAUGGAGAGACUCCCAAGGCAAAAAAAAAGGAAGAAUGUAUGGUAUAUCGAGUGCGUCUGGCACCUGUACCGGACCGGUUUAUUCGAGCAAUAGCAUUGCGCCUACAUUCUUGCCAGUUAUGCUUAUAUGAGGUAUACCUAUUUCUGCUUUCGCUGAGGAUGUCCUUAAACCCCGCGCUAUAUCCCCAUAAACUCGUCCAAGAAUGACUGAUACUAUAUCGACUUCUCUGAGUUUCUUUCGGAGUAUGCGAUCGACGGGUGUCCCGAAGAGGCAUGGCGCACAAAGCGGCUCGCUCUCUUCUUCCAGAGGUGCUAAAUCAUUGACAACACGGGCGCAUACCUUGGUCUAUGAAGGUGACGGAGACCUAUCAGUGCUGAGCCCAACGGAACAAUUAGGGUGAAGAGGCAGAAAGAAUCCCCUGCGGUCGGAGAAUACAGGCCAGAGCCGUCUCGAAGACCACUUUGGAGGAAUGAUACUUUCAACAGUAAUCCCAUCGCUUUCGACAGCCGGCUACCUCUCCUUCUUCAUCAACUGACUACAGGCCAUCGAAUCUUUGGCGCAUAGCCGUCCUCGACAAAAAUGACUGAGAGCAAAGUCCGGUCGGAACGGUGCACUCAGUCUCGGUCCACGUCUUAGGCUGAUGUUGCGCCGAACACCGAAGCGCAAAGGUUUUCCAUGACCGUUUGUACGCCAUCGACUACGGAUUCGUGAAACUAUGGACUCGAAGCUUAGCUAAACACAGCCCGACAUGACUCUUAGUGGAGUUUUGCAAGGCUGCCUCGGCAAUCUACUUUUUCUCGUUGUAUAUUACCUGGUGUCGCUUGGGAUGUGCUAUCUCAUUGGUACAUUCUGUUGCUUUGUGUUCUCGGAAGACUGGCGUCAAGCUGAGUGAAGCUGACCCCUACGACGAUUCUUGAAAUCUCCACAUUCGGCUGAUGGGAAAUUUGACCCUGUGGCUUCAUCCAGCCGAUAUCGCAAUUGGUCCGAUCUGACCCAUUCAAAUCGACUACAGCCCAUGAAACGACUGACAAGCCACGCCUUGAACUUUUGCAUUGAGAUGCAUCCAUUACCAGCGCCAUUUACGGGCCACCUACUCCCGUUUCGGAACAUGAUCGUCAGGUUUGAAAGGAAACCAAAUAUGUGCGACUUCGCUGGCGGUCCUUGCGCGGGACAAAUUUAGCUCACUAUCGGCCACUUACUCCGCCUCGCACAAGGCUGACUGGUCAUUUUGCGGGCGACCAGGGUCCUUGCGGUCUGAACAGCCUUGUCCUGAACUCGUGGCGCCACGAGGCGUCGGUUCGCGUCUCUUGGCUUUCAUGUGCGCCUCGCUCAGUCCGCAAAGGCGUCAUUCAAUUUGGUGCGAAAGGAGCGGGGCUCAACUGCGGUUAGUCCUCCUCAGGCUAGACAGACACUCUUCUCUGCACACCACUCCGCCAGACAUUCUCAGGUUCUUGUCCCAUCUUCACGUCGGCGCUUGUCACGAAGACAUUGGUUGUGGCUGUCCACACGGCGGGACUUCUCAUGCCUCCCCGGACGGCUGCACGCUGGGUCCUCAGACGAACCCGGCGUUAUAGCUAGUGUGCAAUUUCGACCUCGUAUCCCCACGACCCUUGCAGGCUCAUAGAGGUAUUGUCAGUGUUAUUAAAGAGACGUCUUGUUCCCGAUGGUGGGUGUUAGUCGCGGUCGCUUCUUUCUUCCUUGCACUGUACAGACGUCUCUCUAUCCAGUCUUUUCUUCGUGAUCCAUUUCCUCCCACCGAACCCCGGGCUUGUCUACACCUUUUGCCAUUCUUGCAAUCAUGGGUUUCAGUCCCCGGCCGCUCGGCUGGUCUAUGCCCGGAUGGGUCCUGUACAUGCGCGGCGCGCAGUUAUUCAUGGCUUUCCUGGUCCUCAUCCUGACUGCAGUCUCCGCGGGAGAAUUGUUACAAGGCGCCGACCCGUCAUGGCUGGUCACUCCCUAUCCUGGCUUCGGUUUCGCCUGGUUCGCUUUCUCCUGGACACUGUUCUAUAUCCCAGUCGCAACAUUUGUGAUCCCCAACCUCAGCGCCAAAGUCAGGCCUUUGAUCAUCCUGUUGGUCCUCGAAUUGCUCACCACUUUAUGGUGGCUGGUCACAUUCGCAUUGCUUGCCGACAACAGCUCAAGGCUUGCAUCAUGGCUCGAUACGGGCUACACCAACGCAAAGGUCGGGUUGGGGUUAGCCCAGUCCAGCGCUGCCUUUGGUGCCGUUGAAUUUGUCCUUUUCGCCGUCGUUUCGGGUUUCGCCGUCCGCGCCCUGAUGGAAAGACACCGCAACCCUACCAGCGGCGGCGCCUUUGUUCCCGUCCAGGAGUUUCCCAAGGCAUCUGCUCCUGCUCAACCAUACCCAUCAGCGCCAGGCGUGUACUCGGACCAAGUGCCUUACUCCCAGCCACAGCAAUAUGCUCAACCACCAAUCCCACAACCGUACCAAUCACAAUCACAACCACAACCACAGCCAUACCAGCCGCAGCCAUAUCAACAACCACAAGAGCAACAGCAACAACCAGUAUAGCAAUCCUACCAGCCACCAUACGUACAAUCCCAGUCGCCUCCCCCACAGCAACCAUCGCCUCAACCUCAACCGCAGCAGAUGUAUUCUCCGCAGCCACAGCAAUCCACUGGUGGCAUUCCACAUCCGCAAACAUCAGAGUUGAACGGUCCUCCUGUCCAUCAGUAAAGGGACUAUGGUGACUGUAAUGCAUCUUGAAUGGAAAUGAGGACCCUUGCCCUGGGCCCGCAUCCGUUUUUCUCAAAGCUGUACCGAGAAUGAUGAGGAGAAGGAAUAUGCUUCACGUGACGAACUCAGCCAGCCAUGAACAAGCGAGGAGCCCGAGUUGAAGGGCGGAUCAGUGCUUUUUGUCGCCACGACAGCCCGCGGCACCUGGAAGAACAUGAUGCGGCGAACCGUGUCAUCGGUAAUUGGACCGUUGGAGAACUCGGCGGAGAUUACCAUGGAAUAUGAUAUGCAAUGCAAUGGUCUGUUAAUUGGUAUGGAAUGCAACACUCUCCCCGAGAACGACACCACUGAAAGACUCUUGCUUUUUUGGUACUCAUCAGGCCCCCUUGAAACUUAAUGUCUGUCUGUAUGCCCGCCCUGUUGGGCAUCCGCGCUUCAAAGGUUAUCACCUAGUGGUUGUGGUCUCAAUGUUAUUAACCCGAGUGAAUGAUGAUGAAGCUUUGGCUUGUUUGAUCCGGUAGAGAGAAGAUCCUAUAAUGAUUGCGGUUUUAGAGUAUAAGUACAUGCAUCUAUACCGUACGUAUAAUAAAAUAUAUGGGAUGAGACAUGCUGCGAA